AUGUCAGACUAUGUGUGGAUGUUGCCUUUAACGCUGCUCGCCCAAGGCGGAUCUGCAUAUGCUGCGCUCUACGAGCAAGUGAUUCAGACUCAGUAUGGUCCUGUCCGGGGCCACGCAGCCUUCAAUGAAACGCCUAGCGGCAAUCUCACUCAUUGGCGCGAUAUCACAGUCUGGAAAGGCAUCCCAUUUGCAGCUUCGACUGCAGGACAAAACAGAUGGAGAGCUCCCCAGCCCAUGAUUCCAUGGAACGAUACUCUGGAUGCUCGCAACUACGGAGACAUCUGCCCUUCGUCCUCGUCCAACCCAGAAUACACCGUCUCGGAGGAUUGUCUCAAUCUGAACAUCUGGAGCUCUGCAAAGAGCUCCGAGGCCAAGCUGCCCGUGGUUAUGUGGAGCUAUCCUGCGUAUUCUACCGCGGCCGAUGUGCUCUUUGAUGGCAGUGGAAUGGCUGACAAGGGUAUUGUCUUUGUCAAUUACAACUACCGAACUGGCUCCCUCGGUUGGAUGGCCCAUCCAGAGCUGUCCAAGGAGAAUGUGAACGCAGUGGGCCAUAAUAGCUCCGGCAAUUGGGGCAUGCUAGAUCAAUUCGAGGCACUCAAGUGGAUUCGCGCAAAUAUUGCACACUUUGGUGGCGAUCCGGAGCGCAUCACUGUCAUGGGACAAUCUGCUGGCUCGGCAGCAACACAGCACAUUUUGAACAGUCCUCUGACCAAAGGGUUGAUCCAAGGUGCCAUUAUCGAGAGUGGUGUUCGUGAUCCUCAUGACCCUCUGUGCUCGUCUCUCGCUGAGAAUUACCGAACUUUGGACUUUGCCUUGAACCAGGGCGAAGAGUAUCUCGCAGCAAAGAAUGUCACAUCCAUCGCCGCAGCGCGGGAAAUGUCCUAUGACACAUUCGUGGAUAACACCCAGUUCUCUUUUGGCAAUACUGCAUCCUCAUGGGUCUUCACAACCACACUUGAUUACUACGCCAUGCCCGACACCUACUACAACACUCUCUUGAAGGGGCCGGCCAACGACGUUCCUAUCAUAACUGGCAAUACCCGCGACGAGAGCGGAGCCACAUACGGACUCAACAUCACCGUAGAGCAAUAUCUGGCUGACCUGAAUGCAACCUACAGCGGAACCUUUGUCGAUGAAUUCCUCGCUCUGUACCCCGGUGCCAACAGCUCACAAGCAUCCGCAUCCGAGAAUCUGCAAUUUACACAACGAUCCACGGUUGGCACUUGGCUCUGGGCAAAACUAUGGCGCACCCAGGCAUCUAGCCCCGUCUACACGUACCUGUGGGAUCAUGCACCCCCGGGCCAAGACCAAGGUGCCUAUCAUGAAUCGGAGAUCAACUAUGUGCUCAAUAAUCUCUAUGGGACCGAUUUGCCCUGGACAGCGGCGGACUACCAGAUUGCAGCCAAGAUGAAUGCGUACUGGGUUAAUUUCAUCCAGACUGGGAAUCCUAAUGGGAAAGGUCUGGCUCAUUGGCCUGCGGCAGGUGACAAGCAGAUUGUUCAGCGUGUUGGCGAUGGGUGGGGUUCAAUUCCUGUUGCAAAUAUGGCACAGGUUAGUCUUUUUGAAAGAUGGUUUAGUACUCUCAAGCCUUAUUAG